GCCACGGCAGUCUCUCCUGACGCAGCCUUAGGCAACGGUCGUUACCGUCGGCAACGCAGGACCGUCGCUUCAACACCAGCGCGUCUCCGGCGGUUGCCGGGCGAGUCGGAGGGGGAACCGGACAUCCAGGGACGGGAAAGAGGCCCUCCUCGUCGUGAACCUCUGGCUGCUCGAAGACGAUCGCGCCAGAGAUCGUCGUGUUGCUGGUUCUCUGACUGUCCGGUUUCUCUGAGCCGCCACUACACCAGCGGCAGCCACCAUGAGCGAUGACCUCGACUUCCCUGCAGAUGAUUCGGAGGUGUCGAGUCGGCAUGAUGACGGCGACAUUUCGCCGGCCGCUGAAUCAACGCCGCACGACUAUGUGGAGGAGGAGGAUGACCACUCUCCCUUCACUAAGGGCAUCAUAGCGGUCGUGGGUUCGCAGGCGAAGCCACACAUAUGCUACCACUAUCCGCUCACUCCGGUCUACAUCAAGCUCCCCAAGUCCAUCAGGGAGAUCGGUGAUAUCUACUUGCAGAUGGUGAUGCCCGUCGACUUUAAAAGGGUGAACUGGGAGUUCACGCACUCGGCGGACACACGCCACGUGUGGAACUCCACCGAGAUCAUGAGCACGGGCCACCACUCGGUGCGCGUAACCUUCCAGGACUUGGUUGAUGGCAAGGAGGACAAGUACGAGUGGCACAACUCGGACGUCGGCUCGGUGACACCCGUCUUCAAGCCGCACAGCGAACACUUCAUGCAGCUCCACUACGACGACGAAGAGAAGCAGCUCGUCACAUACGUCAACGGACGCGAGUACAACAGGCACGACAUGGAUGAAGGCGGCAUCGCCAACGAGUUCACCCUGUACGGCACCGUCUUCAUACCCGAACUGGUCAUCCCGUGCGAGUUCAAGACAAUGCCACUCACAGUUAACCUGAACGGGGCAGUGGCAUACAACGACACCUACACCAUCCGAUUCCACGUGAAACCACCUGGCAAGAAGCUGACGCUGAACUUUGGCGAGAUCACGUUCAACAUCGACCUGGAGGAGCACCAGGACGAGAUGCACCGAUCCACGCACGAGGAGCUGCAGGUGUCCUCGCACUCGAGCUGCGCCUUCCUCAGCCUGAACCGCAAGAUGAUCGCCAACUCGAUGCGCCGGCUGGUCACGCCCAUGAUGAUCAUCGACGGCGACAUCCAGAUCGUCAACCUGCAGAUCGGAAAGGGCUAAAAGCUGGGCUGCUAUACCCUCACAUUCUUACCUUUCUCCUCGGUCCUGGUUUAUUCACUCAAUUGCUUCUCCGUGCACGGUGGUGGGUUAAUAAAGCCUUUCUUUUUCUACCGCAUA